UUAUCCGAAAAUUCUAACCCUAAUUACAUGUUAUAAGUAACGCUUUAUAUUUUUAUAGUCAUACAUUUAAAUAAAUAAUACAUAUAUAUUAUUUAUAUCACAUACAAAUUUCGUUGUUAUUAACUUUCAACUGUGAAUAACAAUAAUUAAUAUUUAAUUUUUACAAUUAAUUAAAUAAACCGACAAGUGUUUAUUUAUUAAUUACAAUGUUUCGUAAUCAGUAUGACAGUGACGUUACUGUAUGGAGUCCGCAGGGACGUUUGCACCAGGUCGAAUAUGCUAUGGAAGCUGUAAAACUUGGAUCAGCAACUGUUGGUUUAAAAAAUAAAGAGUACGCGGUUCUCAUUGCUCUGAAACGCGCGUCCUCGGAAUUGUCUGCUUAUCAAAAAAAAAUAAUACCCAUUGACAAGCAUAUGGGAAUAAGUAUCGCUGGUUUGACUGCUGAUGCACGAAUGUUGAGCCGUUACAUGAGAACAGAAUGUCUGAAUUACAAAUAUUCACAUGAUGAUCCACUUCCAGUUGGACGAUUAAUAUCAACUUUGGGUAACAAAAUGCAAACUUGCACUCAGAGAUACGACAGACGUCCUUAUGGUGUCGGUUUACUUGUUGCUGGCUUUGACGAUCAAGGACCUCAUAUUUAUCAAACAUGUCCAUCAGCAAAUUAUUUUGAUUGCAAAGCAAUGGCGAUUGGAUCACGAUCACAAGCCGCUCGUACUUAUCUCGAAAAACAUUUAAAUGAAUUUUUAACUUGUGAUUUAAAUGAAUUAAUUAAACAUGGAUUACGUUCAUUACGUGAUACUUUACCUAAUGAAGUUGAUUUAUCUAUCAAGAAUGUAUCGAUUGGAGUAGUGGGCAAAGCUCACGCAUUUGAAAUCUUAUCGGAAGAAAGUACUGAGCGUUACUUGGGAGAAAUUGAGGGAGAUGAGAAACGCGGUAGAGCUGCUGCUGCAACUGCUGGUACGAGUGCCGAUGAUGACAAACCGCCUCAGGAUCCGCCAGCUGAUGAGGCUCAGCCACGCGUAGCUGUCGCGAUGGACACGGAGUGAAUUAAUAAAUAAGUUUAUAAAGUUCUUAAGUACAUGAUUAAAUUUUUUUUUCUAAACAUUGAUUACUACAAUUUGCAUUUUAAAUUACUGUGUAAUUGAUUUAUAAUAAAUAAUUGCAUUGUC